AUGGACACCGGCGGGGACCGAGGAGGGGAUGGGCACCGGCGAUCGGGCGGGACCAGGCACCGAAAGGGGAUGGGGAUCGGGUGGGAUGGGUACAGGGGACCGGCGAGGGGAUGGGAGGGGCGGGACCUGCACUGGCCUGGGGACUGGGAGGCCUGGAUCUGGGGGAGCCGGGCACGAGGAGGGAACGGGCACCGGGGACCGGAGGGGCCGUGGCAGAAGGGGCCAGGGUCGGGCCGUGCUCAUGGGAUCCAUCCCCGCAGCAUCGGUGAGAACAUCCAGCUGCUGGUGGACCGGCCCGAUGGCACCUACUGCUUUCGCCUGCACCGGGACCGCGUGUACUACCUCAGUGAGAAGUUGCUGAAACUGGCAGCCAGCAUCCCCCGGGACAGCCUGGUAGCCCCGGGCACCUGCUUCGGGAAGUUCACCAAGUCCCAGAAGUUCCGGCUCAGUGUCACGGCCCUGGACUUCCUUGCGCCCUAUGCCAAGUUCAAGGUGUGGGUGAAGCCUGGCUCAGAGCAGUCCUUCCUCUAUGGGAACCACGUGCUGAAGUCAGGGCUGGGCCGCAUCACGGAGAACACGGCGCAGUACCAGGGCGUGGUGGUGUAUUCCAUGGCUGACGUCCCGCUGGGCUUUGGGGUGGCUGCCAAGUCCACGCAGGAGUGCCGGAAAGUGGAUCCCUUGGCCAUCGUGGUGUUCCACCAAGCCGAUGUCGGAGAGUAUGUGCGGAAUGAGGACACGCUAACCUAAGGGAUUCCAGGGACCUGAAGGGACCUGCCUGCCCUGCAAGUGUUCCUGAGCAGAAUGGACCUUGUCCUGGACUGUGGGUGUGGGGAGCCACAGGGAGCCCACCCCAAAUGGGAUGGAGAGGGAGGGAGCUGCCAGUAUACGGCCCCACAACCCUGGGGGGGCUGCUGCCAGCAUGGGGGAAGGUGCCUCUGCACCAGCCUUGUCACAUAAAGCCUCUUCCUUUUCCUAG